GGCUCCCGGAGACUCUGUGCCCGCCCGCCAGCCCGCCAGCCCGCCAGACGCAAGGAAGCCGAGAGGCCCCGAGGAGACCAUGUCCGAGACGGCGCCCGAAGCCCCCGCGGCCGCUGCGCCGGCAGCCAAGGCGCCAGCAGCCAAGAAGGCCAAGAAACCCGCGGUCGCCGCCAAGCCGCGCAAGGCUGCCGGGCCCAGCGUCACCGAGCUGCUGACCAAGGCGGUGGCCGCCUCGAAGGAGCGCAACGGGGUGUCCCUGGCGGCGCUCAAGAAGGCCCUGGCGGCGGCCGGCUACGACGUAGAGAAGAACAACAGCCGCAUCAAGCUGGGGCUGAAGAGCCUGGUGGGCAAAGGCACGCUGGUGCAGACCAAGGGCACGGGCGCCUCGGGCUCCUUCAAGCUCAACAAGAAGCAGCAGGAAGGCAAGGACAAGGCGCCGGUCAAGAAGAAGCCGGCUGUCAAGAGCAAGAAACCCGCCGCCAAGAAGCCGGCCGCCGCCAAGAAGGCGCUCAAGAAGCCCGCCGCCAAGAAGAGCCCCAAGAAGGCCGUCAAGAAGCCGGCCGCGGGGGCCAAGAAGGCGGCCAAGAAGGCCAAGCCCGCCAAACCCAAAAAGGCGCUUAAAAGCCCUGCCAAAACCAAGGCGGUGAAGGCCAAGGCCGCCAAACCCAAGACUCCCAAAGCGAAGGUGGCCAAGCCCAAGAAGGGGGCAGCCAAGAAGAAGUAAAGGCGCUUCUUUGACUUCCGACUCCAAA